AUGGCCUGUGUGGCCAGAGGGACCAAGAUCACCAUCAUCAUGUUGAGCUGCCUCUUCCUCCUGAAGGCACUUCUUGCUCUUGGGUCCCUGAUAUCCUGGGUGGCUUCCGGAGAGCAUGUGAAAGAAGGAGAAUGCCCUCCUAAUAAGAACCCGUGCAAAGAGCUAUGCCAGGGGGAUGAGUCCUGUCCGGCCGGGCAGAAGUGCUGCAGCAACGGCUGUGGUCGGGUCUGCCGAGGAGGCAUUCUGAAGGGGAGGAAAGGAGAUUGUCCCAGGGCUGUUCGGAAACAAUCCUGUUUCCAAAGGUGCGUCACUGAUGAGACUUGUCCCGGUGUAAAGAAAUGCUGCGCAUUUGGCUGUCACAGGAGCUGUGUGGUCCCAGUCUCUCAGCCAAAGCUGGAGUCUGGAGGUGAAUGUCCAGCUGACCCCCUUCCGUGUAAGGAGCUGUGUGAUGGGGAUGUGUCCUGUCCCCAGGGGCAUAAAUGCUGUAGCACCGGCUGUGGCCACUCCUGCCGUGGAGACAUUAAGGGAGGGCGGGGUGGGGACUGUCCAAACAUUUUGGUGGGCCUGUGCAUUGUCGGCUGCAUGACGGAUGCGACCUGCUGGGCCGGGGAAAGGUGCUGCAAGUCAGGCUGUGGCCGCUUCUGCGUCCCACCGGUUCUGCGACCCGAACUGGCCGUAAACCCCAGCUGGAGCCUCAGGUCUGAUUCUGAAUUAGAGACCCCAGUGUCCUAGCUUGUCAUGAUUUGUCCUGCGCUGCUGCAGGGGGCUUGUCCUGGCCACGAGAAGAGGGAGAUAUCUUGGCGCUGUGACCCUCCCUGGAGCUCUCAUUACCCUUCCCUGCUCUGCUUCUAUUCCUGCUGCUGCCCUGAGUGCGGGAAAUAGAGCCUCGGGUUUGGGCAAUGGUGUUCGGUGCUGCUUUUCCCCAGUAAAGGCUCAGGCUGGCCUUCCUG